AUGGCCCGAAGAGCGUUGGGGGCUCAGCCGCGUCAGCCAGUUCCGCUUGGCAGCGAGCGAGGGAAAGAAGGAAGGCGUGAAGGAGGGGCCUCGCCCUGCCGCUGCCAACACCGCUGGCAGUCCGGGCGGAGGGAGGGACGGCUGCAGGGAGGGGAGUGGGCGGUGCCGGGAGCGCGGGGCAGCGGGGGCGCGCCCCUCCGGGCGCCGGAUUUACUGGGGUACAGGGCAGAUGUGGAAACUGAAUCCAUGCACAGGCUGGCAGUACUAGAAAAGGAGUUGCUCCAAGACCACUUAGCUCUGCAGAAGGGUGAGGUCCACUGAGCUGAGGCUUCCGCAGACCAGCUGAAUCAGAGCUUGCAAGGGCUGGAGGAUGAGCUGGAGGGGGCCCCAAGUGAAGGGAAGGCCAUAUAUGCCGAGAUGAGUCAUCAGUGCCAGGUCCUGCAGGAAGAAAUGGAGACCCAUCUCUUGCAGGCUCCUGGAAGUGUCACCAUUCUAUCUUCUUUCAUCCUUAUAGCUCACUCCCCAGAGACAUGCCAGAGAGAGGCAGAGGCUGCACGGGGAGAAGCUAAGCUAGCCCUCAGAGAGUGGGACCGAAUGCUGGCUCAGCUUUGGACACACAUGGAAGCCAAGUACAAGGACAUCUUAUAUAGAAGCCUGGACAGGCUCUUUAAGCUCAGAGCCAUUAAACCUCAGUGGGAUGGAGUCAUGCUGAGAUUCUACACCAGGCAUAAGGAGCAGCUCUACCAGUUUGGACUCAACCCCCUGGACCUUUCAGAUUGUACAUAUAUAGUCUCUGGGGCCCCAGCAAUAAAGCCAUCUUGA